CAUUGUAAAGCAUACAAAGACUAAAAUGUGGGAGUUAUUUCAUCUUUAAAAGUCAUAUCUAGGUAGAAGCCCAUAUUUUGAUUUUCUCAUUUUACACAUUGGGGUUGCAAACAUCUUGUGCCUAUAGCUUUCUCUGUGGUUUACAGUCUGUUAAUAUUUGUAGUUUCACCUGAUAGCUACUAUGUAUAUUGUUUUGUUACUUUUUUGCGAAGAGGAUUUAUCCUUUUUGUAUCUUUUUGAUGCUUUAGUCUUGAUUGCUAAUAAUUUUGUAUUAAGUUAGAAUUUGAUUUGUCAUAUUAAUUAUGUGGAAUAUAGGAAAGUGAAUGGCAUCUGAGGAAGAUGUGGAAUUCUCAAAUAUGAGGUCUCUGCUAACAGGAACUCAUGAAAUGCGGAACCAGGAGACAGAACGAUUGCCAUCAACAGAGGAGAUAUUUGAGAGGAACCUUAUGAAGUUAAAGGAAUGUAUAGUGGGUUCUGAUGGAGAUACAGAGAAGGAAUUAGAAGUUCUUUGGCGACGGGUAAAAACUACUGCAAAGCUAUUGGCUUUCUUGAAAUCAAAAGCAAGAAUCAUGGCUAUCCCUGAUUUAGCCCAUACAUCAUGUGGCAUCAAACAAUUAGAAGGGGUUGGUCUUGUUGACAAAAAUGGUACCCCUUUAUCUGGUUGGUCUAGGAAUGUUGAUCUUUCUUCAUUUGACGGUCCUGACGAAGAGACAUGGAUUGGAAUUGGUAAGCAGCAAGGUUCUAUCGAUGAACAUGAUGGAGCUUAUACUGUUGAACUACUCAAGUCUGUUCAGAUGGUCACAGAUGUUAUGGAAGCUCUUGUUAAGAGAGUUAUAAUGGCAGAAACUGAAACUGCCCUUGAAAAAGAGAAGGUAACUUUAGGUCAGGAAGAAAUUAGGAAGAAGGCUAUCCAAAUUGAGAACAUGUCUUUAAAGUUGGAGGAGAUGGAGCAUUUUGCUCUAGGUACAAAUGGUGUUCUGAAUGACAUGCGGCAGAGAGUUGAGGAUCUGGUUGAAGAGACAUCUAGACAGAGGCAACGGGCUGCAGAAAAUGAACAGGAGCUUUGUCGUGUGAAACAGGAAUUUGAGUCUCUGAAAUCUUUUGUUGGUACGCUUAUCAGCGUGAGGGAAACACUUCUUUCAUCAGAGAAGCAAUUUCAAACUAUUGAGAGGCUUUUUGAACGGCUAGUUGCUAAGACAUCACAAUUGGAGGGUGAGAAGAUGCAAAAGGAGGCUGAAGUUCAGAAACUUAUGGAAGAUAAUCUGAGGUUAACUGUCCUUCUUGACAAGAAGGAAGCUCAACUUUUGGCCAUGAAUGAGCAAUGCAAAGUAAUGGCCUUGAGUUCCUCAAACAUUUAAUCUGGUUGGCUUGUAUUGUACUAAUGCUUGUUGGCAUGGUAUGAAAGAUUGGAUCACAAAAUUUGUCUUGCAUCCAUGCUUGAAAACGUAAAAUUAUAAAGAGGUCGUUGACUUGUUAUGAGCUGCCGCUCUUGUUGUUAAUGUUGGAAAACUGAAUCCAGGAAAUAUGAAUCUAAAGUGUGCCAUUAGAAUGAUAA